UGCUCUUAGAUCCUGCCAUAAUUAACAGCGUACUCCAAUCAGAUUCAAGGGUUUCACAAUAGCUACGAAGCAGCUGUUUCUGCUGAACGCGGCCAAUGAGUUGCUGAACGUCUCCCGUUACUUUAAAUGAGCUUGAUUGUUGUUCACAUGGAGCAUUUGUAGUUGCUCUUAAAAAAAUUUCGUAGCAUUGAAUUAAAGACAAGGAGGCAAAACAUGUCAGACGACGUCAAGGUCUUGCUAAAGGAAGCCCGCGAGUUCUUCAAACAGAAUGAAUAUCUGGAAGUUAUGAAAAAGUGUAAGAAGGUCCUGAAGAAGGAUAAGAGCAAUUACGCGGCGCUGGUCCUGCUGGCCCGUUCCAUGCAAGAGGUGGAGGAAUUCAAGUCGCAGGUGUCCCUGGUCCUCCAAAAGGCCGUGGAGGUGCAGCCGAACAAUCCGCUGGCUUGGCAGGGCCUGGCGGCGCACUACGAGAAGGCGCCGCAGGAUCACGACAACUGGGGGAAGCUGGCGCUAGCCUAUUGCAAGCUGUUGCAGUUGGACAGUGACUCGCCCAAAUUCACGCAUUUCGUGGAUAAGAUCUCCGAGAUUGUUUUGCGCAUCAAGAACGACGACAUACUGGCCGAGACGCUGAGUACACUGAGCACGCUGCGAGAGGUCUCCACCAAAGAGAAGAUAAACUUGAUCGACAAGACCCUGGCGUGGGUUUUAUCCGAGUAUCCCAGCGACAGGAUAAACAAGCAUCAGGAGCUUUACGAGGAUGUGUUGGCGUCUGUGAUCAAAGAUGCGGACCUGGUGAACAGACAGGAGUACUACAGGAGAUAUUUGAAGAUGCUGUACGAUUCGCGUAAAUUUACGAAACUGUUGGCAGCCGCCCAAGGCAUGCACGUUCAAUUCCCACAGGACGCUUGUCCUCUAGAAUGGUUGUGCCGUGUUUACUACGAAGAGGCUGCGUCGUGCGAGACCGAGCUCGAGAUCGACGUAACUCAGUUUUAUGAGUCACUUUUCGAGCUGAACGCAAACUCCGAGGCUGCGCUCGUCGCGAAGGCGACGUAUUUGAAGAGGGCGGACGAGUUAAUUGACUCGCGCGAUUGCUUGAAACAAGUGGUCUCGCUGAAUGCCCAGUCGUUUUACGCUUGGCUGAUGCUGAGCCAAGUGUAUUACAAGCUCUACUGUUGGGAGGAGACCGAGAAUGCUUCGAGGAAAGCGCUGCAGUCGAUGAAACUCCGUUUGAAGGACAAAUUUCAAUGUGGAGUCAAGCUCAGGCUGCUUGAAGCUAUAAGUAGAAGCAGUAGCAAGCAAAAGUUGGAGGAAGCUCGUUGCAUGUGCGAAGAGCUGCUAAGCAUCGAGCCUUCCGUACAAUUGCAAGUGAUACACGCGCGUAUAAAUAUACUGCUGGACGAGCCGGACGCUACUGCUAUAUUGAAUAACUUGGAAUCUCAGGACGAGACUAAGCAUCAAGCUUUUAUUCUCAAAGCGUUGCACUUGAGAAGGCACAAACGGUACGAGGAAGCUAUCAACGCUCUCGAGCUGGCUUUGGACAAUGCCGAAGCUUGGCUGCUGUUCGGUAAAAUAUAUUGGGACAUGGGAGACUACAACCACAGUCUGAUGGCGUUCUUAAACGGCGUCCAAGCGGAUCGCAACAAUUGGGAAUGCAUGGUUUACCUGGGACACUAUUACCGCGAGCACAACAACGACAUAGAACGUUCGAGAAGGUGCUACCACGCCGCGCUGCAAAUCAACCCGAACUCCGAGGAGGCCGGCAUCGGAUUGAGCACGGCUUAUCGUCUCCUCAAGAAUACCAACGCCAAUAUACAGCUGUUACAAAGGGUAACCAUGCAGGGUACCGGGCCGAAGUGGGCCUGGCUCCAGCUGGGCCUGCAUUACUUGGAUCAGGGUGACGCGGGGCAGGCCAUCACGGCGUUGCAGCACGUGAUCAGAGCCGAUCCUAACGACAAUCACAGCUGGGAAUCUCUGGCGGAUGCGUACUUGGUACGUGGCGCUCACACGUCCGCACUGAAGUCGUAUCAGCGCGUGCUACAGCUGAGCCCAGGAUCCUUGUAUCCCAUAAUACAACUCGCGAAUAUCAAACUGCUCAUUGGCCAGCAUAAAGAAGCCAAGGAAGACUUCGAGGGUAUAUUGCAGAACAACAAACAGCAUAUUCUCGCGUUAAAAGGCCUGGCACAGGCGUGUUUGGGUCUGGCGAGGGAAAACGUCGCGAAGCACUUUCUGUGUCGCGCGAGGGAAAAUCUACAACAGGCAGCAGACAGCCUGAUAGAUGUUAUUACAAUACGUAGCGAUCUGCUUUGCAAUUGGAAAUUGCUGGGCGACGUGUGCUACAGAGUAGUCACUCUGCCGGAAAAGUAUUGCUAUUUAACGAUCAAGUCCGCAUUAAUGAAGUGCGACAGUGCCGAGAAAUAUAUGAAUAUCAAAGGAGACGAGAUACUCAUGUUGGCAAUAAGAUGUUUUUGUCGGGCAAUAUCCAUACAAAAUUCUGCAACGUUGUGGCACGAUUUGGCGUGCUGUUACUCGACGCAGCUAAAUCGCGAUUCUACAGCCAAUAAGAACGACAUAGCGACCAAGUGUUACGCGGCCGCGAAACAUGCCGUCAAACUCUGCCCGCAGUCGUGGCUAAAUUGGAAUAUUCUGGGCAUCGUUUGUAUGUCGGUGUACGUGAAAAAUUACGCCCUGGCUCAACAUUGUUUCAUCAUGGCGAUCGACAGGGAGUCGAACAACGCGGUAGCUUGGAGCAAUUUGGGAACGUUAUACUUGCAGUUAGGAGAUAUCUACAAAGCGAACGAAGCAUUUUCUCGGGCGCAACGUGCGGACCCUAGUUACGUGAAUAGCUGGGUCGGACAAGGAUUGAUCGCGGAGAAGACUCUGAGGAAGGAAGCGAUGGACCUUUUCCGGCAUUCGACGCAACUGGGUUAUCACAGUCAAGCGGCUUUAGGCUAUGCUCACUGGGUGCUUACUUCUCUCCUAAAUCCUGCGAUGAAGAAAGACCCACUGUUCGUUUACGUGAUCGAGAACAUGCACGCGAUACCUGCAGCGUCUGAUGUUCUCACUUGGUACACAGAACGCGAGCCGCACGAUGUUUACGCCUUGAAUACCCAUGGUUUGUUAUUGGAACGAUUGAAAUUGUACAACACAGCGGCUAAGCAAUUCGCCACGGCCUUAAAACUGAGCGAGGACGAAGAAAGAAACAUGAUAUCUGUAAACUUAGCACGCAUCCUGAUUCAAAUCGGAAGAUACGAGGAAGCGGUGGCAUUGUGCAGACAAGUGAAAUGUGCCAAUUUCAAUUCUCAGUGCCAUCUAGCACUGUCCUUGUUCAAAGCCAAGCAGUACGAAGAAUCGUACAGCACGUACGAAGCAGCUUUGCACUGGCUGGCGGACACCAGCGCGGAUAAAGGGAACAUCCUGUGCGCGAUGGCCGCGAUUGCCUACAUGUUCCAAGGGGCGGACGCCGUCAAGACUCUGCUGUUCCAGUGUAUACAAAUAGAACCGCCUACUGUAACCGGUUUCUUAGCGACUGCCGCGUUGGGGAUUUUGCACGACGACGUCAAUCUGACUUCCUUGGUACUCAACGAAUUGAAAUCGUACGAGAACCAUCACGAAUACGGUUACCAUGUCGUCACGCUGUCGGCGUACUAUCAAGCUAUCCAAGGAAAUCUCGCUCAAGCUGCUCGAAUACUUGUCAAAGCUAUAUUCAGGCAUCCUAACGAUGUCAGAUACUGGGUGCGUCUCGUUCGAGUUUUGCUGCUGGGCGAAAAUCUGGAAGUCUUCCGUAAAUGCGCGGUAACGGCGCUGACGCUAAGCAGAAAUACGUCCAUGACCGACGGCGUAUACGUCGCCUGCGCGUCGGCGUACAGCCACUUCGGCACGAAGGAGGGCCUCAGACGAGCUCAGAAAAAUAUGUUCACGUAUCCCGGCAAUGCCGAGAGCUGGGCUAAUCUCGUCGCGGCCCUUUUAUCCAGAGACAAGCACUGCACUCCAAUUAACGAUCGGUGGGUACUGUCGCUGAUAUCGGUGAUGAAAUCGCAAUUCAAAACCUCCGAAGCCAUGUCACAAUGGUUAUUUCGCAACGAGAGAGAACUCGGCGAUCUCUGAGGUAACAAAAUCUCGCAGCUUACGUGGAUCAGACAAUUUUAUUAUGGCUUAUCGUAAAGAGUACGUGGUGUACUUUUUCCAUGUAAAAUUGUAUAAGUCAAAAUUAAAUGGAGCCGUUUUACAA